GUAUUAGCUAAUGGUAAAAAAGGUGAUUUAAAUGUUGGUAUGGUUUUAAUUCUUCCAGAAGGUUUUGAAUUGGCGCCACCAGAUCGUAUUCCUGAAGAAAUCAAGAAAAAAGUAGGUAAUCUUUACUACCAACCAUACAGUCCAGAACAAAAAAAUAUUUUAGUUGUAGGUCCAGUACCAGGCAAAAAAUACAGCGAAAUGGUAGUUCCUAUUUUAUCCCCAGAUCCUGCUAAAAAUAAAAACGUUUCUUUUUUAAAAUAUCCUAUUUACUUUGGCGGUAACCGUGGCCGUGGUCAAGUUUAUCCGGAUGGUAAAAAAUCAAACAACACUAUCUAUAAUGCAUCAGCGGCUGGUAAAAUUGUAGCAAUUGCUCCUAUUGAGAAAAAAGGUGGUUAUGAAAUCACAAUUGAAAAAGCAAAUGGUGAAACUAUUAUCGAUAAAAUUCCAGCAGGUCCAGAUUUAAUUGUUAAAGAAGGCCAAAACGUCCAAGCAGAUCAACCUUUAACAAAUAACCCGAAUGUAGGUGGUUUUGGUCAAGCUGAAACUGAAAUUGUACUACAAAACCCAGCUCGUAUUCAAGGUUUAUUAGUAUUCUUUAGUUUUAUUUUAAUUACACAAAUUUUAUUAGUUCUUAAGAAAAAACAAUUUGAAAAAGUUCAAUUAGCAGAAAUGAACUUCUAAUUUUAUAAUAACGUUUUUUGCUUAUUAAGAUAAAAAUGUAGUUCUUACAACGAAAACACAAGUCUUGUGGUUUAUCGUAGUUUAAUGAGUAGCUCUAACCUAGUAAAGUUAAGCUAGGACGCUCUUCAUCCCCUAAAGGGGAACCGAAGGGGACAANCAACGCACUUC